AGUUUUUCUUUUUUUUCUUCUUUUUUUUUUUUCUUUUUUGUACCGAGGUCGAUUUCUGGCAGGAGUCACAGCCGAACCGGGGAUAUUUCAUCUUGAGCUCAUCUUCAUUUUCUGUGCCUCCUCACCACCACUCUUCUCACCGGGACAAGACACGCAGCUUCGUUCCCUGCUAGAUGAACGGGAGUUGGGCACCUCACUUGGUGUGUCUCUCCAAUGCUCUUGGCCCCUGAGGCCUGAGGAGAAGUGAGCCAAGCCCAGGCCCCCAAUGGGACGCCCUGUUACCCAGCAUGCACUGCUGCUGCUGCAGUGCAUGCUGGUCCUGCGGCCUGGAGGCGUGGCCAGUAGGAGAGGGCCCGUGCUGCUGCCUGAGUCGCCCUGUCACAAGACAGAGCACCCGCUCAUUCCACACUCAGAGAUGGAGCCGUGGAUCUUCAGGUUCAAAGCUGAGGGCACGGUGGAUUACUCACAGCUGACCUUUGACCCUGGACAGAACGAACUGAUCGUUGGUGCCAGAAAUCACCUCUUCAGGCUCAAUCUAGAAGACCUGACACUGAUCCAGGAGGCUGAGUGGCACUGUGAUGAGUUCACCAAGGGAGCCUGCUUCAGCCGGGGAAAAUCUGAGGAGGAGUGCCAGAACUACAUCAGGGUGCUGCUGGUGAAUGGGAACAGGCUGUUUACCUGUGGAACCAACGCCUUCACCCCCAUCUGCACCAACCGAACGCUCACUAAUCUGACAGAGAUCCACGAUCAGAUUAGCGGAAUGGCUCGGUGUCCCUACAACCCCCUCCACAACUCCACCGCCCUCAUCACCUCCAGUGGGGAGCUUUACGCCGCCACUGCCAUGGACUUCUCCGGGCGAGACCCCGCCAUCUACCGCAGCCUGGGCGGCCUGCCACCCCUGCGCACUGCCCAGUACAACUCCAAGUGGCUCAACGAACCGAAUUUCGUCUCCUCCUACGAUAUCGGCAACUUCACCUACUUCUUCUUCCGGGAAAACGCAGUGGAGCACGACUGCGGCCGGACGGUGUUUUCCCGCGCCGGUCGCGUCUGUAAAAAUGACAUCGGAGGUCGAUUCCUUCUGGAGGACACUUGGACCACGUUCAUGAAGGCCAGGCUGAACUGCUCCAGACCUGGAGAAAUCCCCUUCAACUACAACGAGCUGCAGGGCACCUUCUACCUGCCUGAGCUGGAGCUGCUUUAUGGAAUUUUUACCACCAACGUAAACAGCAUUGCUGCAUCUGCAGUGUGUGCCUUCAAUCUCAGCGCCGUAGCACAGGUUUUCAACGGGCCCUUCAAGUACCAGGAGAACUCACGGUCGGCCUGGCUGCCCUACCCCAACCCCAACCCAGACUUUCAGUGCGGCACCAUCGACUCCGGAUCCUACGUCAACCUGACUCAGAGAAACCUGCAGGACGCUCAGAAGUUUUUGCUGAUGCACGAGGUGGUCCAGCCCGUUGUACCGGUGCCCUACUUCAUGGAGGACAACGUUCGCUUCACCCAUGUGGCGGUGGACGUGGUGCAAGGGAAAGACAUGCUGUUCCACAUCAUUUAUCUGGCCACCGAUUACGGCACUAUCAGGAAAGUGCUUUCCCCUCUCAACCAGUCCACAGGGAGCUGCCUAUUGGAGGAGAUCGAGCUGUUCCCGCCCAGGAAGAGACAGCCGAUCCGAAGCCUGCUGAUCCUGCACAGCCGCAGCGAGCUUUAUGUGGGCGUUAGAGACCAGGUCAUCAAGAUCCCGCUCAAGAGAUGCAGCUACCACAAGAGCAGAGAGGCCUGUGUGGGAGCCAGGGACCCGUACUGUGGUUGGGAUCUGCUGCUGAAAAAAUGCACCACCCUGGAGGAAAGUGUCAGAAUGAGCCAGUGGGAGCAGAGCAUUACAAAAUGCCCCGUGCGCAAUGUCACAGUCGAUGGGGGAUUUGGUGCCUGGUCGGGAUGGUCGACUUGUAGCCAUAAUGAUGGAGGCAGUGCGGGGUCCUGUCUGUGUCGGACUCGAGCCUGUGACAACCCUGCACCUCAGUGUGGCGGCCAGCAGUGCUACGGGAUCAGUGUUGAGGUCGCCAACUGCUCCAGAAACGGGGCAUGGACUCCCUGGACUUCCUGGUCGCCCUGCAGCACCAGCUGCGGCAUCGGCUUCCAGGUGCGUCAGCGCUCCUGCAGCAACCCGACCCCUCGCCACGGCGGCCGAGUGUGUGUGGGCCAGAACCGCGAGGAGAGGUACUGUAACGAACACCUGCCCUGCCCAGCGCACGUCUACUGGUCGGCCUGGUCGGCUUGGGAACGCUGCACCGUGCCCUGUGGCGGAGGCAUCCAGUCGCGACGCAGAACCUGUGAGAACGGCAACGACUGUCCCGGGUGUGGUCAGGAAUACCAGUCAUGCAACACUCUGCCGUGCCCGGACCUUAAGAAGACUACACCCUGGACUCCCUGGACGCCCGUCAACAUCUCCGACAAUGGCGGCCACUAUGAGCAACGCUUCCGCUACACUUGCAAAGCUCGCAUCCCGGAUCCGAGCCUGCUGGAAGUGGGGAGACAGAGGAUCGAGAUGCGCUACUGCUCCAGCGACGGAUCCACCGGCUGCUCCACUGAUGGCGAAGUGCUUCGUCUGGGGAGAAUCUCGGGCCACACGGUGAACGGAGGCUGGUCGUCCUGGAGCUCCUGGUCUCAGUGCAGCAGAGACUGCAGUCGGGGGAUCCGUAGCCGAAAACGGACCUGCAGCAACCCAGAACCCCGGCACGGAGGUCAGACCUGCAUGGGCCCGGCACAGGAGUAUCAGGAGUGUAACAUCACCCCUUGUCCAGUGGAUGGCAGCUGGUCAUGCUGGUCUUCAUGGUCCAAGUGUUCGGUGACGUGCGGAGGGGGACACUACAUGAGGACGCGAACCUGCAGCAACCCCCCGCCGGCUUACGGAGGGGACAUCUGCCUGGGUCUGCACACGGAGGAGGCGCUCUGCAACACACAGCCCUGUCCAGAGAGCUGGUCCAGCUGGUCCGAGUGGUCCCACUGUGACUCCAGCGGCGCCCAGCUGCGAGUGCGUCACUGCGAUGUGCUUUUCCCGACUGGAAACCAGUGCUCAGGAAACAGCAGCGAGACCAGGCCGUGCUCUCCUGACUCCAAUUUUAUACCAGAAGUCUCGAUCGCACGCUCCAGUCAGGAGGAGAGGCGCUGUGGAGACUUCAACCUCUUCCACAUGAUCGCCGUGGGGCUCAGCAGCUCCAUCCUGGGCUGCCUGGUCACCCUGCUGGUCUACUCGUACUGCCAGCGCUACCAGCAGCAGUCGCACGACGCCACCGUCAUCCACCCCAUCUCGGCCGCGCCGCUCAACACCAGCAUCACCAACCACAUCAACAAACUGGACAAAUACGACUCGGUGGAAGCCAUCAAGGCCUUCAACAAAAACAAUCUCAUUCUGGAAGAAAGAAAUAAGUACUUCAACCCACAGCUUGCCGGGAAGACCUAUACCAAUGCAUACUUCACCGACCUCAACACCUAUGAUGACUAUUAACUCUCGAUUCCAUGCCACAGAGGAGGACACCCACCUUACCAUCCACUGACUUAAUUCUUUUCUUUGUGCUUUGUAUUGAGAUUCGUGACACCAUGAGUGGGACGGUCCCACUCUGAGACUCUAUGGCAGCUUGUAUAUGGUGAAAACACAGACACACGACGUUGCCAACAGAGGGAAAUGCCCACUUUCUCUCAGGUGCCUUGGGGUACACUUGGAAAGCUCAAAAUUUGGGGCAUAACUUGCCUUGACUCUCACCGAGAAACGGACAACUGGAUUUCCCAAUGUGGACACAAAAAAAAAGGGAAAAAGAAGAACUCAAUUCAAAGAGACUGUGGGAAAUGUGAUCCCUUUUAACUUUCCUGUGACGCCUCUAAAACAGACCUGUAUUUGUAAUGAUGGGAAAUAACCACAAAUUGCUUUGCAUGACUUCAUCUGACGUGUUUUCUCUGCCAUUCAGUUUCGUUUUGCAUGUUUGAUCGCAUUCCAGGGUUUGGGGACUUGCAAGCAGUGUUGUUUUUUGUUUUUUGCUGGUCUUAGGUUCAGGACUGGUUUGGGAAGUCAUAAAAACACAUACUGCAGUGAUGCCUGGUUGCUUUUACCACUUACUGCUGCAGCAAUCUCCAGAUGGAUCAAUAUCCACCCCCAGUCCUAGAAUCAGGAUGUAGAUAUUUGAAGCCUGUGGUCAAGUUUGUCCAUGCUUUUGUUUUGUUUUCCUUUUUAUUUUUUCUCUCUAGCAGCUAGAAGUGAUUGAAAUAUCAAUGUAAAAUUGUUUUCUCAUUUUGUUUUUGCUUUCAAAAGAUGCAUUUGUUUUGUACAGGAGGUUAAGUUUGACGCCUAUGUCUGUAGAUUUUCUAAAUACAUUUAUUCAGUGUCUCCAGUGUUUAAAGAACUUUUUUUUUUUGGAGGAAAAAAAAAGGUUUAUGUGCAUUCUGGCAAGUAAUCGGGAGUAUUCAUAUCAGCCUGCAUCAAAUUUAGUCUUUGUCAUUGUACUUUUUAUAUAUUUUUUGUAAAAAAAAAAAAAUAAUGUUUUUGAAUUUUGAUAGUGUUCACUAUUCCUUUGGCUUCUGAGUUCAGUAUGUAUUUGUGAGAUCAGGAUGUUAAUGGCAUUUACUGUACAGAUGGAGCGUAGCAAAUACUGCUCUCCUGAUACCCCAACUCGAGUGCUACCCGUAUACUGUAAGAUGAAAUUCAUUCAUCAAGUUGAGACUUUUCUGUUCAGAGAUUAUAACCAAAUAUUAGGUUAUUCAAUUGUUCAGUUGCAACUAACUCUUUUUACUUGUUUGCUUGUGUUACUGUGCAUAAAUUAAAACUGCUUCCUACACAAAA